CUACAGUCCGCAAAGGCGAAGCUCGCGGCGCAGCAGGAGGUGUGCAUCCUGAAGGCGCUGCAGCACCCUAACGUGAUCGGGUACAAGGACAGCUUCGUCGUGCAGGACGACGCCACCAUGCUGGCCGGAGGGCAGCUCGUCAUUAUCAUGGAAUACGCGACUGACGGGGACCUACGGGAGAAACGUCUGGCCGCCAAGCAGGAGGGUGUAUAAAUUUACGGGAACUUCGAUUCGAUAUUGACGAUGCGUAUCUAUCAAGUAAUCUACUUUUUUUGACAGUCGAUUUAUAAGUUUCGUGGUACUAGUACUACACUGAGGACAGCGACAGCAGUCGAUGAAGGAUGAUUCUUUUGGGCUGCAGCUGCAACGCGGUUGUACUGUGCACCUUGCUUGUCACCCCCGUGGUCCCCGUACUCCUGGGAUGAAUGUAAAAGUAGAAGUGGUUGAAAAAAUAUUAGAGCGGCGGAUAUCGAGCGGCGUGUUGGCGGCGUGGUUUCGGCAGACACUGUUGGCCUUACAGUAUAUCCAUGGCUGUCGCAUGGUGCACCGGGACCUGAAGAGUGCGAACGUUUUCAUCUCCGGCAACCGCAUUUUAGUGGGUGAUUUCGGCAUAAGCAAGGUGUUGGAGUCCACCCUGUUUGCGACGACCUGCGUGGGGACGCCGGCUUACAUGGCACCGGAGAUUAUUCGUAACGAAAAAUACACCGCGGGAGUGGAUAUCUGGGCAUUCGGCGUAAUUGCCUACGAAAUGCUCCUGCUGGAACUGCCUUUCAACGCCGAUUCGCUGCUAGGUGAUCACGAGAAUAAUAAAUUUGACGCAACUUGCGACUUGUCAUUUUUGAUGAUGAUGCUCAUGAUAUUCGAUAUUAUACAACAAGCCAGUUCUACUUGGUGUAUUCCUUGCAGGUUUGGUAUAUCAAAUCGCGAACAUGGCAUUGAAACUGCCCCCAGCCGGACGGACCAGUGGGCUUGCUCAAGGUGACAGCGUUCGCACAGCACCGAUUCACCAGAGCUGGCAUGAGAUGAUCACUGCGUGCCUGAACCGAGACGCGCAGCAGCGCCCGUCCGCGUCCCAGCUACUGGAAAGUGUGGAGCUCCUUCAGGAGCGAAACUGCAGUACUUAAUGUAUGCAUCGAUCUCCUGUGACUUUGAUACAACUUGAGAAUGAAAUCACAUCAUCAGAAGGGAUAUACAUCUUGUUCGGGAUGAAGGGUUGUAAUGUAUGUAUCGGGACGAACUACUCUUCUGGACGAAAUGAAAAGAGCCAAUCCUAGAAGAAAAAGAAAACUUUCAUCGCGCAGGUGGAAACGUGAAUCCCGAGGUGCUUGCAGAUCCCGUUAGUCCGGUGAACUCUCCCUCAAUGCGGGAGUUCCGUUCGCCCAUUGCAGAAACUCGCAAUCUGCUGGCGGCUUCUGCAUCCAAGGGAUCUUCAAGCGCUGUGGCCGCGCAACAAGGUGGUGCUAGUACUUCCCCGGCGUCGCCCUCGCAGAACAAGCGACCGCACCUGACAUCCGACCAGGCCUACCUGGCGUCUCCGCAGCACAGCGAGGGGUCCUCCUCCCGUUCGCCGAAGUCUCCCAAGCGUGCCGCGGAGCCGCCCGCCCUUCCCGCGUUCCCGAGCUCGUUUGGCGGGGCCGGGCCCGGGUUUCCGGCGCUGAACGUGAACAAUUUCAUGGCGGAGAACCUACGCCCUACCGCCAGCAAGGACUACAACAUUAACGUCGGAGAUAAAAACUCUGCGCCGGGUGGCGAGCGGGUCAGCAUGGUGGAGCAGCGACCUUCUGCAGGAGUGAUGUCGUCCUCUUCGUCGCGUGCGAACACCAAUAUCAAAGGCAGUGUUGUUCUCAGUAUCGACCCGACGACAACGGCAGACCAUGUGGUGGCUGCCGCCGGGCCACUAUUCCCCGACGUGGCGAGGCCGAAGACGGAAAGUCGUUCCCCGGGAGGAAAGGCAACAAGCCGGGCGGAACCAGAGCCGGAUGAGGAUCUGCGUGAGCGUAUCCUGAGUAAAAACGUACCCACACCAGAGCUGUAAUGCAGAUUUGCAAAGACAGGAAGACUUGUAAUGCGCAUCCCCAUGAGAGCCAUUUCCAAUCGUGUUUUGGAAUUUGUGAUGCUGUGAACAGGGUGAGCAGAUGAAUCUGUGACGCGGCUGCACUUGCUAACCUGCACUGCACUGCAUAGCGCAACUUGUCAUGCGUGACUCACAAAGCUCCUAGGUUUGUGUUGCAAAAUCCUCAUCCUGACUUUGGUGUGGGUACGUUUUUACUCAGGAUAGGGCGGUCCGGGAGAUACCGCAUCCGCGAAGACCAAGACGAGGCUUUUCGGCAGCGACUCUUGCGCCUCCGCGAGGAGCGUGGAAAGAUUGGUAUUGAGUUACUUACAGACGUAUUUAUAACCCAGAGCAAGUAGACACGAAAGAAGAGCAUCAGCAAUGGCAUUUUUGUCUCUUUUCACUUUUACACUCCGACGAGCACCUGCACCAUGCAUUGACGAUAAAAGACGGGCAUGAUUUUCGUUUUUUUUUUGUCCAAGCGAUCAGACAGCAGAUAGCAUGAACUAUUUUCCAUAUGCAGAUGCAAGCUUGCUGAAGGAGGUUUUGGACGAGUCGGUGCGCGACAUUUCGCAGUUGCACGCCCCGAGCGCGCGGAGCGAAGCGGAGCUUAGGGAAUCCGCGGAGGUGCAAGCAAAAAUCGGCAUCGCUUUGUGGAAGCGGGGAAUCCGGUAG